GCAGGAAACAGUUUUGAAUACGAAGGCAGGGCAGCUCCGGAGCUCCUGCGGCGUUAUUACCGGCGCUGCUCUGCUCCUCUCCUCAUUCGGCUGUUGUGGUGGAAGGCAGCAGCCGCAGCACCUCGUUUCCACCAAGCUGCGUGACCUGAAUCACACUUUUCUAACGAUUACCUCCCUGAAAUUGGCUAUGACACUGCAAAUUAUGCAGUGGCGUUGUCAAUCGCUAUGCUUGCUUUGCAUUUCGGUUUCGCCUUGAAAAUAUCCCCUGCAUUUAACUAAGUCUGAUGGUAACCGACAGCUAGCUUGUUUGUGCUUUCGACUCGACUGGCUACAUAUUAGAUUUCAAGCUAUUCGUGUUGGUGCGAAGAAAAGUCAUCUAGUAGACAUGGGAAUCAUUUUUACAAAGUUAUGGAGGCUUUUUAACCACCAAGAGCAUAAAGUCAUCAUUGUUGGACUGGACAAUGCAGGAAAGACAACAAUCCUUUAUCAGUUUUCUAUGAAUGAAGUAGUUCACACCUCACCCACAAUAGGCAGCAAUGUAGAGGAGAUUGUGGUGAACAACACCCAUUUCCUCAUGUGGGAUAUAGGAGGCCAGGAAUCUCUGCGUUCUUCAUGGAAUACAUACUACACUAAUACAGAGUUUGUGAUCGUUGUGGUGGACAGCACAGACAGAGAAAGGAUCUCUGUGACGAGAGAAGAGCUCUACAGAAUGCUAGCUCAUGAGGACCUAAGAAAGGCUGGUCUGCUGGUGUUUGCCAACAAGCAGGAUGUGAAAGGUUGUAUGACGGUGGCUGAAAUCUCACAGAGCCUACAGCUUACUUCUGUUAAGGACCACCAGUGGCACAUCCAGGCCUGCUGUGCUCUCACAGGGGAGGGACUGUGUCAGGGACUGGAGUGGAUGAUGUCACGACUGCGAGUGAGAUGACUUCUGACCGGAGCCAGCGGUACAGUCUUUUUUUUCCUCCACGCAUGGAGGCCAGUUGUCGCUCACUGUGAAGGUGGCCUGGAGAUGUCCCCUGGACUCGUGUGAUUAAUUUAUUAUGGCUCAUGGAGAACUGAACAAAAGUCUUCAACUAACUAUUCAAACGGUUCAGGAUGUGCAAAACCACAUAAACUCACUGUUUUUCUGCCCAGUUGCUCUCUAAAGAGUCGAACAGGAAACAUGCAGAGGACCAUGUGGACUGAGCGCAUGUGUAACUGAGUGAGGCUCUGCAUGGACUGACUUUGCAGUAUUGUCUGGCUGUCUGGCACAGUAUUGCCCAGUGUGUUCAGUCCAGUAUUUACCUUGACCUUGAGCCUGUGUCUGAACAACUUGGAAUCAAGAGCAUUAAAAUGGAGACCAAAAAAAAACAUGCAAGGGACGACUUCACUUUAUGUUUAAAAAAUAAAAAAGUUAAUAAAGUGUUUUUACCCAUGAA